GGUCACGUGACCCAGGCCCCGCGGGAGCCAAGGUGCGCGUUCCAGCUUCCGGAGCCAGAGGGGGCCUGGCGUGCCCAGCCCCAAUCCCCAACCCGUCGCGACCAUGCUGUCCCGCCUGCUAAAAGAACACCAGGCCAAGCAGAAUGAACGCAAGGAGCUGCAGGAGAAGAGGAGGCGAGAGGCUAUCGCUGCAGCAACCUGCCUGACAGAAGCUUUGGUGGAUCACCUCAAUGUGGGUGUGGCCCAGGCCUACAUGAACCAGAGAAAGCUGGACCAUGAGGUGAAGACCCUACAAGUCCAGGCUGCCCAAUUUGCCAAGCAGACAGGCCAGUGGAUCGGGAUGGUGGAGAACUUCAAUCAGGCACUCAAGGAGAUCGGAGAUGUGGAGAACUGGGCUCGGAGCAUCGAGCUGGAUAUGCGCACCAUUGCCACCGCACUGGAAUAUGUCUACAAAGGGCAGCUGCAGUCUGCCUCCUCCUAGUCCCUGUCCCCCCGACCCCAUCCCUCCUACCUCACCCACAGGGGCAGGAGGGAGACUGACAGGCCAUGAAUAAAACAGGAGCCUUCGUUUCU